AUGCAUGUUAUUCUCCUGUUCGAUUUUCCUUUGUAUGUCCACCCCACGUCACUGGAGCCGCCCCCCUCCGCACCCGCGCCCUCCCCCGCCCCGUCCCCGCUCCACGCCGCCCGCGGCGGCAAGGGCCCGCGCGGGGACUUCGCGUCAGGCCUCGCGGGCUGCCUCUUCGGUGACCGCUGCGCCGCCGCCCGCUCCUCGUCCUCCACCGCCGCCGUCUUCGAGCGCCGAUUCGCCUCCGCCGUGACGAAGAACUCGUACGAUGAAAUCCUCACGAGCCUCGCCAAGCCGGGAGGGGGAGCCGACUUCGGCAAGUACUACAGCCUGCCUGCGCUCGCCGAUCCGUGGAUUGAUCGGCUACCCUACUCGAUAAGGAUUCUGCUCGAGUCGGCAAUCAGAAACUGCGACGAGUUCCAGGGACGGGGAAGGACGUUGAGAAGAUCCUAUACUGGGAGAACAGUGCCACCAAGCAAGUCGAAAUCCCAUUCAAGCGAGCCCGUGUCCUCCUCCAGGAUUUCACUGGUGUCCCAGCAGUUGUUGAUCUUGCUUGUAUGAGGGAUGCUAUGAGCAAACUUGGGAGUGACCCGAACAAAAUUAAUCCUCUGGUGCUGAUGAGUAGAGGCUGGUCGAAUCCUUUAUGUCCUACAUUGCCUGCCAUCUUAUUCAGUUUUUUUCUUCCCUGUAUCUGUCAAGCUUAGUCAUGUUUACACACAACUUCAGUAAAUGGCAUUGUAUAUGUUUUUUUUCAAUAAAUGCAAUAAAUACAAGCUAUUCGGAUUACUUAACUGAAUUUGUUAUAUGCUGCAGUUUUAACUAAAUUAGAGCACCUAAACUGUUAACUGAACAUGUGCGCAGAAUAUGUUAACUGAAUUUCUGCAGUAAACAUGUUAUCUGAAAUUCUGUAAUGAUGUUAACUGAUGUGAGUUUGUGCACUUGAUGUUUUAUACUUGGAAGACAAAUGAACUUGUUUUGGUUAUACCUAUCCCUGUUAAUUAUGGGUGAUUUCCUUCUUUCAAAUUAUAUAUGUUCUGUUUUGAGCUAUCUCUCUGCCUGGUAAUAAAAGUAUGUGCAUUGGUUGAUAUUUGCUGCUAUUGUUUCUGUGGCGAUGUAGACUUGUGGUGAAGAAGACCAGUAGUUUAGUGAAGCUUUUUUUAUUGCACAUUGUGAAGCUUUUUAAUUGCACACUAUAAAAUUUGGUGUACACUGAAUAACAGUAGUCCUGUGUGCAUUUUGGCGAGCGUUUGACAUUUCUCUAAAACCAGCCCUGUGUGGUUAAGUAAACCAGCCUUGUGUGCAUUUUGGCGCACCCGCAACAAGGUUAACCUGUGAAGCAUACUUUCUUAUGGUCCGACUAGACUUCUUUGAUAUGUCCUAGUGUUGCUGUAUACUCCUAGUGUUGUAGUUGUUGUGUAGUAAUACAGAAAUAUUAAUGCUCAAAUAUGAUGAUCUGGCCUGCUGCGCACCUACAAUUUUCAUUUCUAUGAUCAAUUUAGAGAGUUGCACAUGUCAGUAUAUUGUAUACUAAAAAAAUCCUAGCUAGUGAGAACAUUUUAGUCACUCCAUGAACGCAUAUUGGUUAGUGUUAGUCAUACUAUUUAUGUACAUCUAAUUUGCUGUCAGUUCUUGCUUAUAAGUUAUUGGAUCCCUCAUUGGCUACUGUUUGAUGUUCUGUACACAUUCUUAUUCUUAUAUGUUCAUUCUUGUUUUUUGCACAGGUGAAGUGCGAAUCCAAGUUCGAAGCUGUGAAGCAUAUCAACAAAGACUAGCAUAUUAUGUGUUGUAAAUGUAGGCAGCAGUAGGCUUAUCUAGGCUGUAGUAUACUGUAACGUUUGUAAUAGACUAAUGCCAUGUUGUUUUGGACGAAUUUCAUUUGCUAUUUGGAUUGUUUGAAAUAAUGAUUGUGUAUGUGA